AUGGCUCCAACAGAGAUGAUUCAAGUCGGCCUUUCGCUGCGCAGUCCACGGUCAACGACUCCUCCCAGUACCCCGCCGACGCUGAGCGAUGAGGAUGCUAACGUUGUCAAGUCUCUCAGUGCCACCCAGAGCACCCCUGCAGCCCCUGCUGCCGCAGAGGAAGUUAAAGCCGAAGACCCUCCAGAAAGUUUUCAGACAUACAAGACAGUCAAUGAGGUUUGGGAUGAAAAGGCAUACAAGUACGUCAUUGAGGAACAACAACAACCGGAAGAAAAAGUUGAUGGACUGGAUCGAUACGUUUUCAUAGAGCGCAGGCGUAUUAUCAAGAAAACCGAAAUACCAGUGGUCUAUAUUGACAUCAAGUCGAAAUUUCUCCGAGAUACCUUGAGAGUUAUACUUGCACAAGCUCCUGAGAUUAGUUUCAACGAGGAAAGCCUUUCCGUCGAGCGAAAUUUCCUCUUCCAUUAUCUCCCAGAUCUCGAGGCGUCCCGUAAAUGGAAUCACGUUGAUCCCCAGGACAGCAUCAUCCGGGAGCACAUUGCCCUCCUUAUCGAUCAUAUCCAUUUAUCCUACAAGGAGACGGAAAAACCAAGAUGCAUCAGAUUCGAGUCUGGGGAAGCGAAAACAAGCACAACUGGAGUUGACUAUUUCCACAUCAAAGGAAAGUACUUGGAAUUUGACGGGAAGGUGCUUGGGAAAGCUCCAAUCGAGACUGCCAUUCUUGGUUUCUGCGGAUCGAGAACCAUCAACUCUCUCGAGGCAUUCCCUCUCCAACACCACGAAGCAGAGGAGAGCAUGAGAGAAACGCUUGUGAAAUGCGGUCGCAAGUUUUGUUUCUCCCUAAUCGGUACACAACAUCGGCAUUAUAGAGGCAAGGCCUUUCAAAUGAAGAAAAACAAACCCAUUGAGAUACUUAUUAACAGCAGGAUUAUGGUUGAUGCCGCAAUGUUUCAGGAGAUCAACCCCAAUUACACCAGGCCAAGCAUCUUCAAGAGCACUAACAGUAUCGAUUUGUGGCUGUUAGGAGAUACAACCUCUAGUAACAAGCUAGAUGAAUCGGCUAUGGAGAGCAGUGUAAACCUUGAUGCGCUGACGGAUGAAGAUCUUCUAAUUUGUAGCCCGACUGUGCUGGGCUUCAGUUUGAACGACAAAUUAUGGUUGGAAUUUGCGGUUGCAGAUAUUUCGGGAAUUUCGUGGAACGAGUCGCUCUUCAACCAACUGGCUAUACCAUACAAGUCAAAGAAGCUUAUCGAAGCUCUAACCACGUCCCAGUCCAGUGGAAAAACUAAAUAUACGUUUGAUGAUUUUGUGGAGGGAAAAGGUGGCACUAUACUGUAUCGGGCGGAUCAAGGAUGCGCACACUCCACUUGA